AUAAAUAGUUCGUUUCAAUUAACAAAAUUCAGUAUAUCGCAUUUGUGAACAAGACACACAUUAUUGAAUCUCAUAUAUUUUGUUAUUUUCAUAUUAAAUACCAAUUAGAAGCUUAGUGACAUUUUUUUCUGGGCGAUUUAUUGAAACGGAAGUAAUUUAAUUGGAAUUCCUACGUUAACAGGUUCCCGGAGAAAUCUGCUAUCGGUCGGGUGUGGUGAAUAAACUCAUUUUUUGUGAAGGAAAGACAUAAUUCGUCAAGAUGGUUGAAGGUGGAAUGAAAUGUAUUCGUGUAUUGUUAUUUGCAUUUAAUGUUUUAUUUACAUUGAUUGGUAUUGGUUUGAUAGCAGGAGGAGCCUAUGUACAGAUCAACUUAAAAGGAUAUUCAGAAAUAAUAGGCGGGCAAUUUAGUGCGGCAGCCGUGUUUUUAAUAAUACUUGGUGUAUUCAUAUUUAUGAUUGCAGCUUUCGGAUGUUGUGGAGCAUACAAAGAAAACUAUUGUUGUAUUAUGACCUUUGCUGGUAUUCUUGUAAUCAUCUUCAUCUGUGAAAUGGCUGCUGGUAUUGCCGGAUUCAUUUAUAAAGACAAAGUUGACACCCAGAUUUCCGAUUUGAUGAAAGAGACAAUCACAGACCGUAAAGCAUUAGAAGAUUGGGACAAAGUUCAAAAAGAGUUCCAUUGUUGUGGAGUGAACAGUUCCAGUGACUGGAAAUUUCCAAAUGGAACUGAGGCAUUUCCAGAUUCAUGUUGUAGUAAUGGUGGUACAGCUACUUCCUGCACCCCAUAUGAUGUGGGAUGCUACACAGAGUUGAAGGAUUUUGUUAAAGACAAGAUCGUCGUAAUUGGAGGUAUUGGUGUUGGAUUUGCUGUCAUCCAGAUCAUUGGAAUCCUGUUUGCCUGCUGUCUUGGACGUGCAGUAAAGAAAGAAUAUGAAGUCGUGUAAAGUGAUAGAUAAACAAAGAAUUUUUCCUACUGUGUUUGUGACACAGAGCACAUGGAAAAAAGGGGGAGGGACGAUUGUUUUCUGGGUGUUAUGUCAGAACUUUUGUUAAUAAACGUAGAAAAGAAAUAUUAUAUUUAUUUGGUAUGAUGGUAGCUUAAAAACAGAAAGUUCAUCUUCUGGAUUUCUCUAAAUUGAAAUAUUUAUGAAAAAAGUAGAUCCCAUUUGGGACUUAUAUUAAGAUGUUGAUAAAAAAGGACUGGUGUAGAUUAAAAUAUGGACAAUAAAUUAUUUCUAAAAUCUGACAGUUUGAUCUAUUUGCCAAAUAAGAAUCUAAUGCUAUCUGGGUAAUUUUUCACAAGCAUUCACCAAAACAUUGUGAUUGGUUAAAAAUAUGCUACACAAUGGAAAAUUAACCAAUGAAGGGACAUUAUUUUCGUUUUGAAGUUCGUAAAAAAUAAAAUUACCCACAGUUCUUUAGAUUCUGAAUUGGCUUAUUUUCUAUAAUAAUACCAUUAGUUCUUCCAUUGACCUUUAAAUACACGGUGAGCAUCCCAGCUGAAGACAGCGAGAAAAUAAAUGUAAACUUUAUAGGGAAAUUUUUAAUUAUUAUUUUGGUUAAUUAAGAAAAUAUUGUAACAAAUAUUGGUAGUUAUUUAUUUCCAAAUUCCUGGUGAAUUUGAAACAAUUUAGAUAUAAAUCUUGCACCAACUAAUAAGUAUUUGAACCAUGGACAAGGUUAAGUUUAUGAUAAUUUAUUUUUCAAGAUAUAGGGAAAUCUUUUUAUAACUUUUUUUCUGAUCAAUAUUAUAUUUUUAAACAUUUGUUAUUUCUAAAAAGAAAAGUAGAAAUAUUUGUUUAUUUACUGUAUAAUAAGAAUAACCUGUAAAAUAUUUUCUAUUGUAAGAUGUUGUUCAGUAUUUUUUCUAUUAAUCAAAAUCUUGAACUUUCUCAAUCAAAGAAACUCAGUGAUGAUGUUGUAUGCAGGCUAAUAUGCUUAAUAAAAUGUGAGAGAUAAUGGCAAGAUCAGGAUUAUUAUUUAACUUUUGUCAAUUCUAAAUGCAAAAUAAAUCAGGCCUUUAGGCAUGCAGAUUGUUAUAAAAAACUUGUCCCAUUUUAAAGUAUAUGGAUUUGAAUAUAUUAAAAUCCUACUUAUUUGAAACAACAUGUUCAUCAGCAAUACAUAUGUUUUCAACAAGCGUAUUGUUAUUUAUGUGUUUCUUAGCUGUCGCUGGAUGCAAGAAGGAAAAGCUUUUGAAAGUUCAAGAAUUUUUUUAGAUAUAUGAAUAUUUUUGUACUCGCAGGACCAAAUCUAUAUUGUGUAUUUCUAAGUAAGCUGCCUUUUUGAAUGCAGUUCUGUCAAUUUUAUUUUCUUUAGUAUUUUUGUGUAAUUGUUGAAUGUGUAAAUUUUGAAUGAUUUGCCUUGAUAACAAAUGUUAGAAUAUUGACAUGUACAGUCUUACAGAGUGUUUAUAAAUACCAUUGACAUUCAUUCUUUGAUAAGACCAAGAUAUGCAGCUGAAUUUUUUUGCCUUUAUAGUUUCCUAAGAAAGAGUACACAAGUAAUUUGUCGACAUGUUCUAGCCAGAUUGAUUUCUCAUGGGAUCAUUAUCAUUUAAAGACCAUAAACUCUUUUUAGAUCAGGCAGUGUCUGGUUGCUGCCCACUGUAAUGCAUGUACAUCUCAUUAAUCCUGACUUUGCUAUCCAAUAUUUUUGACAUGUUGUCUGUUGUCAUGGAAAUAUUUUUGUUUGUUUAUUACUUUUUAUCACUUUCAUUAAUCAGGUAUCAUUUCUGUAUUGUAAAGUUUGAAAUCAAACACAGGUGAAGGAUUGCAUUGUUCGUCAAAAUUCUAAAAAAGGGUCAUGACCUCAUUACGUUGUUUAAAAAUAGAUAUUAUGCAUUUGCACGCAGGUUUUUUUUUCUUCCAAGAUUACACGGUAAUUAAUUAUAUCCAAUGUAUAAGUACUGUUAAAUGGCCAGGUGGGACUUGUUUCCAGUAAAUUGCUUCUUUAAACAUUGCUUGUGGAGCUUAUUAUUUUUGACAACUGCAUUGAAUUGAUUAAAGAAUAUAAUUACAAUUUAUUUUUAAAGUCAAAAUUUAGUCCAUAGGUAAGAAAUCUCUCCUCACCCAAUUGAAAACUUAUUUGUAAUCCGCAACAUUUUUUUCUCUCUUAUUUCAAGAAUGUGAAUUUCUAUUAGGUCUUGAACAGAAUCUGACACAACACAAAUAUUUUCAGAAAAUCAAUUUUUAUUUUAAAAAAAAUUGAACUAGAAACACCAUUUUUCGUUUGAUUUUCUCAUUAUUACUUGAAAUUGACUGCUUCAGAUAUUUUUAAAUGAAAAUGUGGGGAAUUUUUCAUUUACUGGAUACCAUUUGUAUUUGCUUGGCUCAAUUAUUGUAAGUAGCAAAAAAAAUAUUAGAAAACUGCUAUUAUGGUGCAAGUGGUUUAUUCAUCUUAAUAAUGUUAAUCUGUAGAAUAAAAAAAAUAUCCUUGAAA